AUGGCCGCAUUGCACGAAGACGCUGAGGGAGUGUGCAGCGAGGCAGAAGAGGCAUUGCGCCUCAGUGCCGUCGAGCGCCUGGACGAGUUUCGAAAACGACUGGACGAUGCGAAUGGGCCAGACGAGCGCGAUGCAGUCCAUCAGACCAUUGCCGAUGAGCUCGCAGCCUUACACACGAACUUGGCUGGAUGCGCGGCGGCACUCCUGAGCACUCGCCUACGGCCGCCCAAACAGUCAAGUGCGUGGAAAGCACUAUUAGCUGUGUGCAAAAGCGACCCCGCGAGCCGCAACGGGGCCGAUGCAGCAGUUUGUCUUCGACUCAGUGCCCAAGUGGCGGCACACUGGGGUGCAUCCGUCGUGCAGCGAUAUGCCUGGGCGUCUCGAGCACGCAGUUUCCUGGAGCGACUUUGGUCCGUCGCUAGAGUCCAUGAAGAGUGGGAGGACGCUGUAGGCUAUCUCAACGCAGUUCUCGUUCUCCGUCAAGAGCUGGUCCUCUCAGGCAGGCUCUCUGCAAGCACUCGAACCUGGCAAACGAUUGGGCACGAGGCGGAAAAGGGAGCUCCACGGCUUCGCUACUCGCCAGUCACGGCAGCCGAUCUCAAAAACGUUAUGGACUGGACCAAAGACGGAUUUCUGAAGCUGGGCGGGAGGGUCGUGGAGAACUUAGAAGAAGCGGAGAGGACGGUCACGCACUGGACCACUGCAACAGCAGACACCAUUCAGCUUUGCGACGGAUCCUACUUAUCAGAUCGACCGCAUGGGCUCUGGACUAGGUGCAUGAUUGCUUGCGAUCCGGCUGGGCUAGUGGUUCGCGAAGAUACGCUGCAGCAGCCCCCGCGAAGAACACAGUUCGGUCAAAAGAGGCCUGCAAAGCGACCGCGGUUAGACGGUGAUAUGACUGCAAUCUCUUUGAGUUCAGCCCGGAAUGACGUUUCAGAAGAAAUCCAUGGCAAUGAAGACUUCGAUUGUUCCGUGAGCUCCCCGUUGGCAGUCUGGCCGACGGAAGGCUCAAGCACCGACCAGACCCCCUUGAAGCUGGGAGAAGGGCAACAGUCUCUUCUGUCAGGGGAACCUAGCGUUGGUUUGCAAUUCCGGGCAGAUGAAGAGCAGACCGAUGGAGACGAAAUUGAAAGCAACGAUUCUGACAGCGGAGAGAGCCUUGAUGACCCGGCGGACGAUGUAAGAUCAGAAGGGGCGGACAGCGACGACGACAUCGGCCCUCAUGCGGUGCAGGCAGCAGCAAACAGCACCGCUAGCUCUCUUAGCGAGGAUGACGUAGACAUGAGCAGUGACAGAGAACGAAGUGAAGAUCCGUCAACCCCGGGAACGGCGCAGACAGAAGUAUCCGCUCACUCGCCAGUGGACGAAGACGACCAGGACGACGGGACAGACGACAAUGAAACCCAGGGUGAGAAAUCGCCUCAAUCAGAUGAUGUGGCCAAUACCGGGGACAGAGCAGAUGCUCAUUCACUGGACUGUCCACUUUGCCCAGGCCGAUGCAAGGCUGGCUUUGUGCCGAACAUCGUCACCUCUCACGACGAGAAGCACAGACAGAGGGCAAUUCAACUCCGCUUGAAAGCUUUCGAGCAGAUACACGCAAUCUAUGAGCUUAUUUUAGAAAGUUCUGGAACCGACGUCAAGUCGCACAUCUUGAAGAAAUGGGCCUCUCCCACGCACAUCGCCUCGGUCUUUUUCGACCCCGACGAACAUGGCCUCUCCACUGCAUCAAGAGAGAAUGCAGAUGCGUGGUACUUGACUGCACAACGUCUACAGGCAUACGGGAAAGACGGUAUUGUCCUCAAUCGACCAGUCGUCAUCAAAGGCGCCGUGCGGGACGCUGGAUGGCUAACAUGGGACGACUGUUACAAGCAGCUCCGUUCCAAGCUUACGGGGCGUAGUCUGCAGGUCAGGAGCGCCGUCACCCAUCUUCUCGAAGACAUCGACGGAGACGACUUCUUAGAGAUGCUUCCUGCCCCUGAGUCUGCGCUGAAUGCUCUUGACCUUCCCGGGCUGAUACGAGGCGACCGUCCAGCCUUCACUCUGUUGCCGCAUUACCGCUUGCUUGAAGAUCUGGUUUGCAGCGAAGCCUGGAACGACGCAAAGAAGCAAGUCACCACCAAAGAGUUAGAUCUAUAUGGCUGUCUCUCCUUCAACAUUCUGGGUCUUCGCGGGGCAUUCUCUGGUGCGCACCUUGACGUCCUCAAUGGCACAUGGGUUCGUGCUUUCUGUGGCCGCAAAGCCUGGAUGUUUGUUCCUCCCGACCAGGUAGAGGAAAACGAUUUGAGGAGGUUAGCAAGGGAUGGUGACGAUUACGACCCUCGUGGCAAAGCUCGAACACUGAUUAUCGAGGCCGAUGAAGUUUUACUCCUGCCACCUGGCGCAAAGAUCAUCCACGCUGUCCUGACCACAAAAACAUCUCUCAUGGAAGGAGGUAUGCUGUGGGACGACUCAAGAAUCCUUGAAAUACUUUGCAACAUGCUUUGGAUGGCGAAGAACCAACAAGCCACGAAUGAGGCGUGGCCGAAUCAGAUCCAGGCCGUCAUACGACAGCUAGACCGAGCAGUGGUCUCGGAUCCGGAGCGCUUUGCUGGAGGCGAGUGGGAUCCACAGGACUUUGUCAGAGAAUAUGAAAAGCUCAGUCGAGAAAUAAAAGACCUGCCAUGCAAAUGUUCAUCGAGGUGCGGUCGACGUUGUCCAUGCAAGACUGAUCGGAGGCGCCGCACACCUGAGUGCAAUUCCCAUGCUGGGAGGCUACUGGCAUGCUGCAAAGAGAAGUAG